AUGUACGACUACGCGCAUGGCCAGAGUGACUCCAUCGAGAACAUCACUCACUCCAUCUGCACUUUGGAGUUCGAACUGCAUCGCCCGCUCUACGACUGGUUCCAGGAGAAACUGGAAAUCACACGGACAAGGCAGAUCGAGUUUGCCCGCCUCAAUGUCACGUACACGGUGAUGAGCAAACGAAAGCUGCUGGCCUUGGUGACCGAGGAAUGGGUGGAAGGAUGGGACGAUCCUCGUCUCCCGACGCUGUCCGGUCUGAGGCGCCGCGGUGUCCCGGCCAGUGCGCUGCGAGACUUUUGUGACAAGGUCGGAGUCGCCCGACGGGAGAGCACGAUCCAAGUGGAGGUUUUGGAAAAGUGCAUCAGGGACGCGCUCCACCAAGUCGCUCAUCGUCGCUUUGCUAUCCAGGAUCCGGUCGCUGUCACAAUCACCAACUAUGGAGACUCGGUUGAGACUGUCACAGCAGCCAACCACCCUGAGGAUGAGUCUUUCGGCACGAGAGAGCUCCAUUUCAGCAAACGGCUGUACAUUGACCGCGAGGACUUCAUGGAGAACCCGCCGCCAGGGUACCGCCGUCUAGCCCCAGGUGCCGAAGUUCGUCUCAAGCACGCGUACUGGAUUAAAUGCGUGGACGUCAUCAAAGAUGCCAGCGGUCUCGUGACGGAGCUUCUGUGUACCCACGACCCGCAAACGAAGAACUGCUCUGUUGCCCCUGAUGGCCGCAAGGUCAAGGGCACCAUCCACUGGCUGUCUGAAAAAGACGCCGUGCCUGCAGAGAUCAGGAUUUUCGGUCGGUUGUUCACGAAGGCAAACCCUGAGGAGGAAGACGAGAGCAAUCCUAACGCAAGUUGGCGAGACAACAUCAACAAAGAAUCGCUGAAGGUCUACAACGGCUUCGUGGAGCGAUCGGCUGCCGACUCGGUGGCGUUCCCGCCGCAGUCUUCGCUGCAGUUUGAGCGCCUCGGCUUCUUCACUCCUGACGGCUCGACGUUGCCUGAGGACGCGGCAAGGAACAAAGCGAGUACUACGCCGGUGUUCAAUCUCACAGUUGCGCUCCAGGAAGGCUUCACUGCGACAGACGACGCGGACAAGGACAAAAUGAAGCAGCAGGAUCGAUUGGCACGAGAGAAAGCUGCUCUCGAACGCCAAAAGAAGAAAGAAGAAAAAGAGGCGCGGAAGAAGAUGAAGGAGCAACAGCAAAAAGCUUAG